CCCAUCCUAAAUUCGUGUACUUAUAUAUAAAUACAGUUUAGGUCAGAGGACGAACAUUUUCAGUGAAGCUUUGGUUUCGGAAACAAUAUGGACUCCAGUCUGACAUUUAUCAACUUCCUGGCUUUUAUCGGAAUAUUCCUUAUUUCUCAUCCCAGUUGGUGCAAAGGCUUCGUGGCAUUUCAGGUGGACAGAGCAGAUCAGCAAUUUCAAUCUUCUUCGUGGAAGAGAAUCCGAAGAAUGGCAGAGUCACAAAGCUGUGUUGAUGGUAGCAGUCUGGGGACUGGGCACCAGUUGGACGAUUGUCGACGUAUUGAACAGAAACCUGAAAUAAAUGGCUCAAGUACAAUAGUCUUCGAACAAAUGGAGGAGGAUUUUAUAGUAAAUAAUAGCAAUGAGGCUGAUGGUGAAGAAGAUCUAUUGAAGGUUAUUCCUCUUCAGCGAUCUUAGAUAUUUUCGUUGUCACAAUUUUCACCGGGAAGUUGUUGAAAAAACUCAAUUUAUUCAAGAUUUUCCAGUAAGGAGCGACUCCUUGUCUGAUCUACACAUGGAAGUUCCUAUGUGUGUGAAAUUAGUAUUCAUAAAUGCAUUCAAAUGCACUCACGACACAGGAGAUAAAACAAAAACAAAAGAAUAAUUAAACAUGCUGUAUAAUUUAAC